CAACAGAAACCCACAGUGCCCUACAGAUCGAUCAGACGUAAACAAAGGCGCUAGCUAAUCUAACUUAAAUCGUUUCGUAUCAUAGUUGCUCUGUUGUGUUUUACCAGCAGUAAAAAUGCAGGCUGGUAAAAAGGGUUCGGCUAAAAAGCCGAGGGCCACCCCUGGGACUCCGGCUGGAAACAAGACCUUUGAGGCGGAGCUCAUCAAAGCUCAGUUCCACGAGGACUCGUGGCAGGCCUGCGUGUCUCUGCUAGUCGGGAGGAGUCCAGAGGAAGAGAAGCAGCUCGUCAGCCCCCUGGCUAGAGCCGUGCUCAAGCCACAACGGAAACUUUUCACCAUUCUAUCCCGGGACAACGUUCUCCUGAAGAUUUGUGAACUGGGAAAUCCUAGAGCAAAGAAAUCCGAUCAUCUUCCCAUGUUCUACGAGAUCACUGAGGCUGCUAAAGCGUUGCUGGAUGCAGGAGAGGAGAUUCCUUGUGACCUGAUGACUAAAGUACUGAAGUUCAUGCUGCUGCAGAUCAAAGCCAGCGACAAGCACAGGAGAGAGGGAGAGCAGCUCAAGACAGAGGGACGUGAAGAAAAGGUUGUCCCUCCCUCUGACAACAAGGCCAAAGGUUCAAACAGGAAGCCGAAGGGAUCUUCCUCAGCUGUGGAAGGUUCCAAGCAGAAGAAAACCGGACUCAAACGUAGGGAUGAUGUGGACCCACCCACAUUCAUAGAUGAUGAACCAGACCCUGGUCCUCACCACUACAUACUCUUGGUGGGCUUCUACCAGCCACAGCUGAUCCCUCUGCUCGAUGAGGUCGGUGUACACGUAGCAAACGUCAUCCAGCUGUGCUCAGAGCAGGCUCAGACCCGUGCAGAAGAGCAAGGUCACCGCUCUGAGGAGAACCGGCCGAGCACAAGAGCUCCUCAAGUUCUGGAUGCAGAGAUCACUCUAAAGGUGAAGCGGUUCUGGUCAGGUCUAAGAGCAGCCUUAGACAGCGGGCCACCAGACUCCAGGCUCCAUGAUGUGGUUCAGCUCAGCUAUACUGUCCCAGAUCUCACAUCCUGUCUUCAAACACACGACUCUGACGCUGUGUUGAGCCUGGGAAGCAGAAUCUUUGAAGGCGUGGCUAAUCUCAUCUACGACUGUCUGGACUGGCGUAGACAGCAUCAGCAUUACAGGGACAAUGUCAAGCUUCUGAGUGUCCCCUGUGUUGGACGGGACUCCCAGCCUGAACAGUUCACUAAAACCACUCAUCAGGACUCUUUAGAGUCGACCGUUCUGCCGACCCAACGCACCAAGAAGAUGAACAGGGAACCAGCCCCACCAGAACCUGAGAGCAAGCUGCCUCCUCUCUGUGUGGACAGGCGUUACUAUAGCAACCUACUGGACCAGGUUCCCCCUGAAGCCUGCUCUGUACCCUUGAUCAUGAACUGUAUGCUGGAGCAGGUGGUCCUCACUUUGUCCCAAACACCAGAGGAACCCAAACCGGUCAGCGGUGGUCCCUGGUUGGACCCCCAGCAUGCUAGCUGCAUGCAGGAGAACUUCCUGCCUCUUCUACACACCGAAGACGAGAGGAACCAGCGUUUAACCGACGUCCUGACGUUAGCACAGAAGGAAGAAGACAUGAAGAUGUUGAUGGAGACAUCUGGAGGUAGAAAGAGUCAGAAGAAGUCUGAGCAGCUUCAGGUUAUCGCACACAACGAUGAGAGAGCACUACGCUUAAGGGGCGUAACUGCGGAUGAUGGUUUCAGUCCAGCUGAAGUGGAAGUGUCCAUGAUGAGGUUUUCUCCAGUUUUGGACUUAACUCAGCCCAAAGCUCAGGGGAGGAACAGCGCCACCUGUUGGAUGACAGACAAACAGCAGCUGCAGCACUUCUGUACAGAUGAUGAGGUGUCAUGGCCAGACGUGGAGCGCCUGUUUCAUCAGAGUGUUUUUGAGGCUAUGGUCCUGAAGACUGUGGAUCAACAUGGGGUGUUACUAAACAAUCCAGGAACAGAGGAACACACAUCAGAUGUUAUUCCCUGGGACAACCCUUUAUUAUACGCUAAACAACAACUUCAUAAGCUGCGAACUGAAGGCCCAGCAUUUCUAACUGAAGACCCUGGAGACUCAGAGCAGCAGUCUAGCGGGAACGUUUGUCACCAGCUGGACUUGUCUGACAUCCAGAGAUGUAGACGGAGAUCUUUAGUGGACUGGCAUUACGCCGAACAUCAUAGUUCUGCUGUUUUACCACAGGUUCUCAUGUCAGCCUCAGAGGAGUAUCAGUGCCUGGACACCUUCAGAGGAAGCCACGAAAACAUUGUUUAUGUCUUUUGUCACAAUCCCAUGAAUUCUCAGCGCCGGUCUAAAGAGUUGUGGGGCGUGGCUCUUCACACUGAUGUCAAGUUCAGGAAAUAUCUGGAGCAUGUUGCUGAGACUGUUUCAGACUGGACUAGAGAGGAGGAGCUGAAAAGAGAAAAAGCACUCAUCAGAACCCAGAGCCCUGCGGAGUCUCUCAAAGACGAAAAGGCUUCGUGCUCAAUGAUGGAGAAGAUGACUCUGGAACCAAUCAUCAGAAAGGAUUCCCUGAAAGCCUGGAGGUUAGAACAGGAGCAGCUGAAGGAAGAGGAGAUGCUGAAAAGAUCAAAGAACAAGAACACACCCAAAGCCAAGCAGCAGAAAGAAGAGGCCAUGGGCAACAAAGAAAGUAAAGAUUUGUCUGGUGUCAAAAAGAGCAGAGUAGAUACAACCAGCACCUUCGCCAAGGCUCCCAGUAGUGCUGCACCCACCACCUCUAUGGGAAACCAAGACCCUCCUCCCACAGAGGAACCUCUGAGUAGAUUCACCGGCUACAGCAUGAAUGGACGGCUGAUCCACGUGUCGGGCUGCACUCAGCACCUCUACCCCUCAGACGGAGGAGUUAUCACGGUGGAGACCAUCAGCUUUACCGAAGGUUCUACCCUGAUGAAAGUGGCUGUGAAAAAAGAUGGACAUCAUUUCUACACACACAUCAACCAAGCCGCCGCUGACCCUUCGAAGUCGUCCUCUCAGCCAGCAGACAGAGGAAACGUCCGCCCAGACGAGGACAGUAAAGAGGUCGAGUCUGGGGUGAUGAAAACGGUGAAGCAGGGAACCUUCUCAGCUGUGCUGGACAAGAAACUCCACCUGUCCUACAGCUUCUAUGGUCCAACAGGAGAGCACACAGUGAGUUCUGAGGAGGGACAAGAGGAAACCUCGAAGCCUUCCUGUAGAAGACAAGUUCAGUCCAGUCAGGGCUGUGAGGAACCAUCAGGCCCCUUCAACAGCCUCAGCCUUUCUGUCCCCAACGGCCUGCUGCUGCAGUUCCUGAGAGAAGAAACAGAAGGUGUGUCAGCAGAGGAACGAGGAAUCCUGGUGAAGCAGAGCUUCCCUGUCCACGGUGAAGGACAGCGUCUUCAGGAUGUGUCCCUCUCCAAAGAGCUGCACCGCACCAUCACCAGUCAGGGAGCUGUGAUCCGUUACAUGAGAGAUGGAUCCAAAGAGGUGCUGUUUGCAAACGGCUCCGUGAGCUUCAGCCAGGAUUCUGGUCCAGUUUGGGUUCCUGACGCUGAAGCUGCAAAGCUGCAGAAAGACCAGACCUCAGAGAGAGACACGGACGCGCAGAAAGGAGUCUGGCAGACUACAGGUCCAUCGGGGAAUCGUGUGUGCACUGUUGGGACCACACACCAACAUCUACCCACCACCCCUCUCCUAACCUUUAAGGCUACUGACCCCUUCACCCAUCAGGCACCCCUUGCUGCUCUCUUUAGUGAUCUUAUGGAUUUUAUUGUUGUAAAAGUCCAAAACCUGGUCCUAUUGUUGACGUUAACUUGUUUUGUGUGUCAGGUGUUGCAAAGACGAGAGGAUCCCGUAGUUUUAGUUCAGAACCCAGAUGGGUCUCUUGUUGUGGAGCAUGCUGAUGGAACCAGGAUCAGCAGCUUCCUCCGGGACAGACCAGCUACUGGGGAGAAGACGGCCUGUCAGUGCACGAGCAGCCGUGUGUGUGUCCACAGAAAGGUGGACAAUGCUUGUGACGGCGGACAGAAGAUCAGCAGCAACAGGAGUAGUGACGAUGGGCAGACUGGCUGUCCUAAGAAGACAGGUGGUGAAAAGGGAGGCGUGUCCACCAAAGAGCAGGUGGUGCUGGUGGAGAAAGAUGGCUGUGCUUCAGUAGAGAUGUGGCCGGAGCGUCACACGGCUCACGUCCGUUUAGCUGAUGGGACCGUCAUCACUGGGACCAACAGAGCGGACUAUAAGGUGUGCUGCCGCCCCGUGGGGGUUCUGCAGGUCCUGGGUGAUGGGAGCUGCCUGUACUCCUCUCACGCACCAGUUUGCUGCUCCAGCAACCAACCGGGAGUUUACAUGAUGAGUCACACCCACAGUGUGGCCUGCGAUGUCACAGAUGAGGAUGGGAACCACUUCCAGGUGUUUGAAGAUGGGCGGAUUUCCGUCGUACCCUUUAGUCCCGUUCCCAUCAUCCAGACGCCUGAGGAGGAGGGUCAGGAAAAGGCCGGGCUUCGUGGAAGACACUGUCCCAGACUGUUUCUGGUGCAUGAAGAUGGUUCCGGCUCUGAGCUGUUGAGCCGUCACGCUGUGGAGGAGCUGCUGAAGCAGAGCCGCUCUGACCCGACCAUAGCGGUGCUAAAGGAACCUCUACCACACAAACAAGAUGAGUUUGGCAUCACCAUCCUGAAGCCCAGCCGCCGGAGUGUGUGGGCCCAGUGGCUGCUAAAGAAACAGAUACCUGACAUCACCCCUCCCAGUCUCAGAAACCGGACCUGGCAUGACUUCCCCGCAGUGGAGAGGAAGAAGGCAAGUCCUCCAUUUGGUAGCAAAGCAGGGGUGGGUCUGACCCUGGAGGAGAGGUCGUCUGGUUCUGCUGCUCAGCAUCAACGUGUCCUGAGCUGCCCUGAAGUUCUGGAGGUCAGGGAGCUCUACCAGCAUCGGCCCUUCACCACACCGCUCACAAACACUAUAGAUGCCCGUCUGAAGGAAUACAUGGGGCGUUUGAUGGCGAGAGAACUGCUAUCAGAGGAGAUGAAAGUCAAAGAGCAUCACUCUGAGGAGGAGGAGGAGGGUGUCCACAUCAGUGAUCUCAUCAGUUUUAACCUAUGUUUUGCAGAGGAAGAUGAAGCACGGCGCACGUCUGCUACCAGGGUUUCAGCAGAUUUAGCCGACCUCUAUAUCCAAGUAGUGGAAGCAUCGCUGGAACGGUCGGACGUUUCAGAAGCUGAUGACAUGGAUGCCGACAGUCUGGAUGGAUCACAACAGGUCACUGAAGAGCGAGUUUCCAGAUGGACUGAGAGACACGCUCAGCACAGACGGGAGCUCAGUGAGGAGAAGACCUACAGAGAGGCGUUGAGGGAGAGGAUCGUCGUUCCUUACUUCCAUCCAGAAAACCUUCUGUUACACAGAAGUCUGCUACGUGGUCAGAAACCCGAGACGAGGAGCUCAUCCCUGAAACUUCCUCUGGAGGUGGACAGUAGUGAGACUGAUGGGAGAAACGUCUCAGAGGACAGCACUCCUCCCUUAACUCCUCCUCACUCACAAAGCCAUGCAGCAGAAACCAAGAUGCCUGAAAACGGAGCCACCAACCGCCGAUCACAGCGUACCGGUGAAAGCAGUCGCAGGAGCUCUCAAAGAAAGUCUGAAUCAGUCCAGCCGGACGUGACCGAAAGGCCCAGGCAGACUAAAGUCCAACCGCCACCCGGCAGCCUCGGCCCAGAGACCCACAGCGAGCCAAACCCACAUUUUGAGGCGACGCAGGAGUCUGUGAGGAGGACGUGUGGACCAGUGUCCCUCACUAGUCCUAGCUCGGUCGUGAGGAGCUUCCUGCUCCGUCCCUCGAGUGUUGACUUUGGGACUCUGAGGGACGGCACGUCCUCUUCUCGGACCGUAAUCAUGAAGAAUGUUGGCGUUGACCGUUCCAGGUUCCUCGUUAAACCGCCUCCUCCUGCAACAGGCCUCAGAGUCCUCUACAGUCCUGGGCCUGUGGCUGCAGGCUUGCAUGCUGAACUACACAUCCAGCUGUUUGCCAUGCAUGACGUUCAGCUGGAUGUAGCAGAACCAAAGACCUACUUCUCCCACGAUAUCGUCAUCCACACUGAAACAGACAGUCUCUACCUGCCCGUCACUGCUAUCAUCCUCCCUGAGGAACUACAUGACGAGGAGUGCAUGAGUGCACACAGAAAGAGUGGCUCCAAGACCAUCCAGGCUCACAGUUGGUCCGGAAAUCGGUCAGACGAGCCACCGUGCUCCUGACCAAUCUUCCAGCAAAAACUGGACACUACAGCACCACCGCUACAGACUCAUCUUGGUUCACAUUUCACAGCAUGAAGGUUAAAUUCAAUAAAGUUUAAAUGUUAACACUGUA